AUGGUCGCAUUGAACAAGUUCCUCUCCUCCAUUUUCUUGGCCAUUGUUUGUGCCACCAGUGGAGCUUUUGCUGCGCCAUUCGUACCUCCCUCCCUCAAACAUGCAACAAAUCGUCUGCGUAUUGUUGGUCGGGGUCUUGAGCUCGAUACCUUCCAUCCCGAAUCGACUUUCGAGACGUUUGGCGAGGGUAUUGACCACCCACUCAGCCGCCGGGCGUUAACAAGCUCGGGCGUGUCAAUUGAAGAUCGCGCAGCCGCAUUCAUCCAGUCCCACCUUGGUGUGGCCAAGAAUGCUGUCGCUUUCCGAAGCGGCUUUUCAGGAGAGGCAGCCGACCAUGCUUUCCUGCGACAAGUCAUCGAUGGUGUGCCCGUUGCCAAUGCUGUCGCCAAUGUAGCCUUCAAUAAAGAUGAUAAGGUCGUCGCCUUUGGCUCAUCGUUCAUCAAACCCACUUCAGUCCCCUCCGCCACCCCUUCAGUCACCCUGGAUGCUGCCAUCGCUGCUGCCGAAUCAGCUCUUGAUGGAACAUUCAAUUCACAUCCUCCAACACUGGAGUUCCUCGCUCUCCAAGACGGCUCAGUCGCUUUGACACAUGUGAUGCAAAUCCAGAACGAAGAAACCGGCACAUGGGUCGAGGCGUUUGUCGAUGCCCACAGCGGAGAGGUUCUCAGUGUCGUUGACUUUGUCACCAAAGCUUCGUACCGCGUUCUGCCAAUCAACAAGGAGAUUCUGACCCAAGGCUUUGAGGUCCUUACCGAUCCUCAGGACACGCUUUGUGGGGUCCCGACUACUUUGCGCGUCCAAUUUAUGACAUUCGCUAGUCCUCUCGGUUGGCACUCUGAUGGGACCACCACUACCACAACAACUGCUGGAAACAAUGUCAUCGCGUUCAAGGGCACACAGUCUUCCGUCACAUCGCAGUCUGCCUCAGGCCUGGUCUUCAAUUUCGUCCAAGACCCGACGCUUGCCCCGACGGUCCAGGCCAACCUUGACGCUGCCCGUGUCAAUGCAUUCUACCUCUCCAACACAAUCCACGACUAUACUUAUCGCUACGGGUUUACCGAGGCUGCAUUCAACUUCCAGAACAACAACAUGGGCAAGGGUGGUGCAGGCAAUGACCGUGUCACGAUAUCGGUGCAGAGCAGUGCCGGGAUUGACAAUGCUGAUUUCUCGACUCCACCUGACGGGCAAUCCGGAGCUAUGCGCAUGUUCCUUUGGGACUUCACCACCCCCAUGCGAGAUGGAGCGCUGGAGAACGACAUUGUGACCCACGAGAACACCCAUGGCAUCACCAACCGCAUGACUGGUGGCGGUACUGGUCGGUGCUUGCAAACGACGGAAGCCGGUGGUAUGGGAGAAGGGUGGUCCGAUACCAUGGCCAACUGGAACGAAAAGAACAGCUCGGCUGUCCCUGACUUCGUUCUGGGGCAGUAUGUCAUCGACGACCCAGCUGGAAUCCGGUCGCAUCCUUACAGUACCUCCGCGACGACCAACCCGCUGAGAUACUCUUCGCUCCGCACACUGACCGAAGUCCACGAUAUCGGUGAAGUCUGGGCCAACAUUCUGCACAAUGUCUAUGCCGCUUUGGUCGGUGCUCACGGCUGGUCUGCAACCGCAAAGACGAACCCGACCGGAACUGAGGGCAAUAUCGUAUUCCUCCACCUGUUCCUCGACGCGCUGACGCUGCAGCCCUGCAACCCAACCUUCAUCACCGCUCGCUCGGCAUGGAUUCAGGCGGACGUUAACCGCUUUGGCGGCGCCAACAGUUGCUUGUUGUGGAAUGCAUUUGCGAGCAGGGGCUUGGGCACGGCGGCGGCCAACCACGUGGACUCGAGCACGGUGCCGGCUGGCUGUUAA